UUUAGGGAUUUUCGCUCCAAGGUUGGCACUGAAAACUGACAGUUUGGUCUUUUUAGGUUUUCGCUGUGUUAAAGUGUCAACAUGAAGAUUGGAUUGUGUGUAUACAGCGGGUACAAAAUUUACCCCGGCCAUGGCAAAACCAUGGUAAAAGCCGACGGAAAGACGUUCACUUUCCUCAACUCAAAAUGCGAGCGUGCCCACUUAAUGAAACGCAACCCCCGCAAAGUAACAUGGACGGUGUUGUACAGGCGUAAGCACAAAAAGGGGCAGGAAGAGGAAGCCACCAAGAAGCGCACUCGCAGGACCCAGAAAUUCCAGCGCGCCAUCGUGGGGGCUUCUCUCAACGACAUCAUGGCCAAGCGCAACCAGCGACCAGAAGUCAGGAAAGCGCAGCGAGAGCAGGCCAUCAGGGCUGCUAAAGAGCAGAAGAAGUCUACCAAGACAGCCAAGAAAGCCACGGCGCCUGCGAAACAAGUCAAACAGGUGGCGAAGCAGAAGGCUGCCAAGAACAUCCAAAAAGCGGCGCCGAGGGUAGGAGGAAAACGUUAAGACCACUAAUUUUAUAAAUAAAGACGUUAUCUAUAAAA